AUGUCAGAGGCUGAAUCUAUAUACAUUCCGAUACCACAUUUCCCCCCAUUUAAGCUCCGGUCGUCGAUGAUCGACAAGGAUCCCGUUAUUUGGGCUCACUUGUUGGAAGCUUACAUCAAGUUGAUUCAACUCAUGCUAGACCCUCAAUCGCCAAAGCUCAGUGUUAAAUCACAACAGCAAUUGCAAUUAUUUUUGAAGGUGUACUUAAAAGAAACAAGCGUUGAAGGGGAUAGAAUUUUUUCAUUAGGAUCGAUCAAUCCAGAUAUCAAACGAAACACAGAAACUUUGCGAUCAUAUGUGUUCCAAUUAAUCAAGAACUUCAGUUUUGUAAAGUUGAACAUGACUGGAGAAAUGAUUUGGGAUUUUGUUCGAAUUUAUUCAGAAAAGAAUGCACAAACUGUACGUGGCCUAAUAGAUGGAUCUUUUAAGUCAAAGUUUAACGAUAAUAAAAAAUCAGGUAGUAUUUCAUCAAUUCAAGUGUUGCAGAAACACCUUGAAAAAUUGAUUUCUGAAGGAAAGUUUACAUCCAAUGAUAUGACUUGCUUUACGAUACUACUAGGGCAACAUGUUUCCAAAACAACCUACUCGAUGGGAUCAAGCAAAACAGUCAACAAGAGUCAAAAUAACAGCUUACAGUUUGCCGAAAGUUUUGUUUCGUCACAAUGGGUUGAAUUUUUGGACCUUGCUUACGCUGAUGGGCAAAGCACAAAUGCUGAAGCAAUUAAGGAUGUGAUGGUUCUUUCUAUUGUCUCAUUAUCGGCCCCUAAGUUGGCAAAAUUAGCCUCGGAGUUGGGAAUCUCAUCUGUCGACACAUUGAACAUUGCACCUUUGUAUGGUGCAGUCAUCACAUCGGAAGCUUUGAAGGAUUUAAUACCAAAAUUGGAAGAAAGGUUGCCAUUUCUCAAAUUCAUUAACAAAGAUAUAGAUAACGAUUACGAUUACGAAGACGAAAAUGGUGAUUAUGAGGAGAAUAUCGAAGAAAUUUCCCUUUUGGUUGAUUUAUUCCCCCAUUUGACAGAGAAAAAAGCAAAGAUAGUUUUGAAGGAACAUAAUGGUGACGUGGAGUAUGUGACCAACUUGCUUUUGGAAAAUCCUGAUCGAAUAAAUUCGAUUGAGGAUUGUCUGCCACCACCGCAAAUUAAGAAAGGCGAAAAUCUCAAGCUAAGCAUUCAAAAACGGUCAAUCUACGACGAAGAUGAUAUUUCAAAAGGUGAUUUUUCUAAAGCUUCUAUUGUAUUUGGAAAGAAAAAGAAGGAGCGACCCGGAUUGGCGAAUGACGAUUUGAAAAAGAAGACUUUGAAUGCAGCAUUGAGGUUGAUGUACGAAAGCGACGAAGAUGAACCAGAUGACACAUAUGAUGAUCAAGAAAAGACCACAGGUUCAGAAUUGGAAGAUGACUCCAAGAGAAAGAAGGGAGCAAAGACUACGUCCCCUCCGGAUGAAAAGGGAACCGCAUUCUCAGCCGUUGAUCAAACAGAGCGAUAUCUAUUUAGUUUUUUCAAAAAGCAAGGGUCUGAUUCUUUUGCCAAAACUUCGAGAAAGUCCAGUAAUCGCCAACAAAUAAAAAAGAACACAAAUUGGUCUGAUGAACAAAUUGAAGGUUGGUUGCGCAUGCUACUCAAAUCUCCCAGAAGGUACAAGAUAUUAGAGGAAGACUAUUUUUACGGCGGCGGAAACCCAAACAGACAACAAAAGAUUGAACCAGUUAGUGAAGGAAAAGAAGGACCUUCUUCGAAAUCGCCAACUCCUGAUACCAACCAACAGUCAAAAGAACAAGUUAAACGCACACAUGCAAGAAAUGAAAAGAAUAAAGCGAGCAAAUCAAAUCACAAUCGGAAAUCUCGACAUGAUAAGAAGUCCAAUUUGCAGCUUGUUGGGAUGAAGUCGGUAUGA